ACAAAGAAAUCGAAAACAACACUUCGCUGCAACACUGGCGCACAUAAGAGCCGCAUUCCAUCUGUUGACGUGCAUAACAAUUCCUUCCGCGAGGAAAGUUAGAUCUCGAGACUUGAUUUCCUUGUGGAAAAACAAGGGAUAAAAUAGCGAUAAAAAUGUAAAUUUACAUUGAACAUUUGAUGAAAUUGCAUAUUAGAUGCUGCUGAUGUGAAGACGGGCGGAGGAGCUGAGGGAACAUGAGUGUGAUCCAGCGGAGGGUUACUUGAGUGCACAGCGGCGCAGUUGCGCAGAGUCACUAGAGAGAGCGACUCCACAGAUCCUGCACUGCUUAUACCUAUCUUUUAAUUUUUAUUCCAAAUAAUCACACCAAUCGCGAUUAUGCCGGGAAUGAUGGAUAAAGGGUCGGAAUAUCUGGGGAAAGGUCGCUCAAAUGGCACGAAAAGCCCGUCGAACGCCUCGAACGGACAUUUUUCAGACGAGAGCGGCAGUGACGACGAGCACGAUGUGGGCAUGCGUGUGGGAUCUGAUUACCAAGCUAAUAUUCCAGAGUUUGAUCCAGGUUCCGCAAAAUACAGUGAUAAAGACAGUGGUGGCAUGCUCGUUUGGUCUCCACAUCACACAAUAGUUGACUCAAAAUUGGAUGAGUACAUUGCCAUUGCAAAAGAAAAGCACGGGUACAAUGUUGAACAGGCUCUUGGCAUGCUCUUCUGGCAUAAACACAACAUCGAGAAGUCCCUGGCUGAUCUCCCAAACUUCACCCCUUUCCCUGAUGAGUGGACGGUGGAGGACAAGGUGUUGUUUGAACAAGCGUUCAGUUUUCAUGGAAAGAGCUUCCAUAGGAUCCAGCAGAUGUUGCCGGACAAAUCCAUAUCCAGUCUUGUGAAGUACUACUACUCGUGGAAAAAAACGCGGUCCCGGACGAGCCUGAUGGAUCGGCAAGCACGAAAGCUGGCAAAUCGGAGUAAUCAAGAUGAAAGUGAGGAGGAGAUGGAAGAGGCCAACCCCAUUGAGGCAAACGACAGCGAUUAUGACCCUACAAAAGAGGCAAAGAAGGAGAGUCACACAGAGCCUCAGACAAUGAGUUCCAAGAUUGGAAUGGGACGGCGAGACCAUCAGACCCUACAGCACCGGCAUCACUCCCAGCGGUCAAAGUGCCGCCCACCCAAAGGCAUGUACCUCACACAGGAGGACGUGGUGGCCAUCUCCUGCAGCUCCAGCGCAGCAAACACUGUCCUGCGUCAGCUAGACAUGGAGCUGGUGUCUCUCAAACGGCAGGUUCAAAAUGCCAAGCAGUUAAAUAGUGGACUUAAACAGACAAUUGAAGAUGGAGUUGAUGAAUUCCGGCUGCCUGAGUGUACCCAAAAAAUUAACGCCCGCUGGACAACGGAUGAGCAGCUCCUGGCAGUACAAGGUGUACGGAAAUACGGGAAGGAUUUCCAGGCCAUCGCUGAUGUCAUCGGGAAUAAAACAGUAGGACAGGUGAAAAAUUUUUUCGUGAACUAUCGGCGGCGCUUUAACCUGGAUGAGGUGCUUCAGGAGUGGGAGGCGGAACAGGGAACUCGAGCCCCCAAUGGAGACGGUGCCAACUCUGGUGAGGACGGAAAGAACAGCAACACCUCCUCAGGAAAGAGCACGGAUGAGGAAGAGGAGGAGGGUCAGGUGACUCCAGCGUCUGGACCAUCUCCUGUAGCCACGUCAUCAGCUUUAACACCUGCCACCAGCUCCACCUCUUUCAACCAGCCCCCGCCUCUUCUGCGCCCCUCCCUGCCUGCCACCCCUGCCCUACACCGCCAACCGCCACCACUGCAGCAACAAGCCCGCUUCCUCCAGCCGCGUCCCACCCUAAACCAGCCGCCGCCGCUCAUUCGACCCUCUAACCCCCUCCCUCCGCGCCUCAACCCAAGGCCCACGGCGCUUGUCGCCAGCUCCGGCCCCACAGCCCCGGCCCAGCAGCCGCCCACUCUUGUGGGCAUCCAGUCUGAAGCUGCAUCCUUGUCUUCUCUGCACUGACAGCUUUAUAUUUGAAAUCAGUUUGGUCAUUGUGAAUACUAGAAUAAAUAAUAGUCUAUUGUUACAUUUUAAACUGUACAUAUUAGAUAUGUAACUGUUUCUAUUUAUUUGAAAUACUUACAACAGAUUUGUUUAACUUUACAAUUUGUAAUCAUGUUUUAACUUUAAAGUCUUGAAAAACUGAAAAACAAUAUUGUGUGCUGUAUUUCUGCACUUUUACCUGGUUGUUGUUUGACUCCAAUGCAUUUAAAGUACAGUGUACCAUUAUACCUCUUUGAAAAAGGGUUUGCUUGUUGUUUUGUUGAUCUUGUGUGUUAUCUGUGGUUGUUCACUUGUCCUGGUUACUCUGUGCUUAUCACAAGCCCUUUUGACAUUUAAUCAUGUGCGGGAAAUGAAUUGCAGAUAGUAAAUCAAUUUUUACUUGUUAAAAUGUUCAUUCUUGAUAUCAGCGAUGGAAUUACUGAUAGUGAAAAUGCCAAUUUUUUUAUAUUAAGAAUUAACUUUUUUACUAGUCCAAAUGUAAUUGCUAAUAUGAAAUGGCGCCAUUGCUCACGUAAAUACCCAUUCUUCAUAUAAAAAAUACAAAAGUAAUUUGAGAUAUUUGUAACUGCAUUUUCACUAGUAGAAUUUCACAGUGAUCUGUAAUUUUCGCCUGUUCAAAAUUUUAAAAAAAUGACUUCUAUAAUUUCUUACUAGUUGAUAUUCCAAUUACACAUAGAAGCUAUGCAGUUCUUACUAGUAAACAAAUGUUUAUAUAUAUGUAUGUAUGUGUAUAUAUAUAUAUAUAUAUAUCAAUAAUUUCGUUGUUAUUAAUGCAAAUGUCCAUUCCCGAUUUGAAAAUUGUACUGGUAAAAAUGUUAAAUUAUAUCUAAUUUGGUUUUCACUUGUGGCAGUGUUAAUUUCGGAUAACUGUAAUAUAAUUGUAACUAGUAAGAAAGCCUGUUACGAUGUCUUUAAUUACUCUUUGAUUUACUGAUAUCUGAAAUUAACAUUUCCAUGGGUGAAAACAACAUUACAGAAAUCGAAAAUUAGCAUUUUCACUUGUAAUUCAAUUGUUGAUAUCAGGAAUGGACAUUUGCAGUAGUAAUGAAAUUAUUGAUACCAAAAGUAUAUGUUGAAAUUUUUAUUUGGAAUUUGAACAAUACAUUAAUUACAGAUUUCUGUAAAUACAUUUUGAACAGGAAUGGAUAAGAGAUCAUUGUAAAAUUUUGCAAGUGAAAAUGUAAUGUCACAUAUUUCAACUGAUAUGAAAAAUUAAAAUUUUUAUAUCAAGAAUUAGCAUAUAUUCCUUAUAUCAAGAAUUAGCAUUUGCAUUAGUGUAAAUUCAACUGUAGUUAUCUAUAAUUCAUAUUCUACAUGUGAUUAAAUGAGAUGCUGUUCUUUUAUAUUUUGAAUCUUGGUGCUAUGAACUGACAGUAAACAAAUGCCUGUCCAAAUUCUCUUGCCAUCAAAGUGCUCUUAACAAAUAAGAGAAAAUUAUCUCAAAUUUUACAAUUACUUUUGAAAAUCAAAGAACAAAUCUUGGUUUGGUGUCAUACAUGGGUUGUUAAACUCAUUUAAUCAAUUCUUUUUCCACUCAAAAAUAAUGUAAAAAAAAAAAAAAAAACAUUAUUAAAAACAUUUUUAAAUUAUUAUUAUUCAUGUAUUAUUUUAUUUUUUUCUGACUGGUUACAGACACAAAAUCUAUUUGGUCCCUUUCACAUAUAAAACACUCAUUUCAUCCUCAUUUUAUUUUAUUAUUUAUUUGGGUCCAUUUAAGAAUCUCUUUGAAGUUUAAAAGGUCCGGAUUUUUUCAACCAGACAUUAAGCUGUUGAUGUGUUUCCACACUGAAUUGUGGAAUUCUGCAAAACUCAUCUGCAGAUGGAGAUUUGAGUUGGAGAUCACUGUGAACUUCAGUUGUCAGCUUGUACAGUUUUCUCAUGACUCAAUUUUCUCUUUUUUUAAAGUGUUUAAUGACCUGAUAAUUUGUGAUAUUUCUUUUUAAUCUUUCAGUUUUUGUGUAAAUGUGCAUAUGUUUCUAAUGUCUUUUUUGCUUGUGUGUAAAUAUUGGUUCUUAAAAACAAUUUUAAGGCAAAAAAUAAAGAUUUCUGCUUAUAA